CCCCUGGUAAGUGCUCUUGCCCCUUCCCACCCCUCCACCCACACCCCUGCUUUCUUCUCUCCCUCCCUGUAGAUGGAAUACUUUGGCACUGUCUCCAUUGGCUCCCCACCACAGAACUUCACCGUCAUCUUUGACACUGGCUCCUCCAACCUCUGGGUUCCCUCUGUGUACUGCACCAGCCCGGCCUGCGAGACACAUCCCAGGUUCCGGCCUUCCCAGUCCAGCACGUACAGCGAGGUGGGACAAUCUUUCGCCAUUCAGUACGGGACCGGGAGUUUGUCCGGAAUCAUCGGAAGCGACCAAGUUUCUGUGGAAGGACUGACUGUGGUCGGCCAGCAGUUCGGAGAGAGUGUCAAGGAGCCGGGCCAGACCUUUGUGGACGCAGAGUUUGAUGGAAUUCUGGGCCUGGGAUACCCCUCCUUGGCCGCUGGAGGCGUGACCCCAGUGUUCGACAACAUGAUGGCCCAGGACCUGGUGGCUCUUCCGAUGUUUUCUGUCUACAUGAGCAAUGACCCAGAAGGAGGCUCAGGGAGUGAGCUGAUUUUUGGAGGCUAUGACCACUCCUACUUCUCUGGCAGCCUGAAUUGGGUCCCUGUCACCAAACAAGGCUACUGGCAGAUUGCUCUGGACGAAAUCCAGGUGGGAGGCGCCGUGAUGUUCUGCUCCGAGGGCUGCCAAGCUAUUGUGGACACGGGGACCUCCCUCAUCACUGGCCCCUCUGACAAGAUCAAACAGCUGCAAGAGGUCAUUGGGGCAGAGCCCACGGAUGGAGAGUAUGCUGUGGAGUGUGCCAACCUCAAUGUCAUGCCAGAUGUCACCUUCAUCAUCAAUGGAGUCCCUUACACCCUUGGUCCACCUGCCUACACCCUGCUGGAUUUAGUGGAUGGAAUGCAGUUCUGCAGCAGUGGCUUUCAAGGUCUUGACAUACAGCCUCCAGCCGGGCCCCUCUGGAUCCUGGGAGAUGUCUUCAUUAGACAGUUUUACUCAGUCUUUGACCGUGGGAAUAACCGUGUGGGACUGGCCCCAGCAGUCCCCUAAGAAGGGGCCUUGUGUCCGGGCCUGCCUGACGGGAAAUCCAGCUGGGCCUGUUAGGUGGGGGCAUUCUUCAAAUCUGUCAAAAAGUCAUUUUUGACUGACUGCACUUGUUCCAGAGCUGUAAUUUCAAUUAGGACCAAACAGAGCAUGAGAACACACAUACACACUCACCACUCACACACGUUCAUAUACUCACAUUUGCACACAUUCACACAUACACACCACCUCCACCAUCAUCAUGAUAGAAGAAUUAAGUUGUGUGCCCAUAUUUUUUUAAAUUGAUUUUUGCUAACUUUUAUUAUAGAAAUCUCCAAAACACGAGCAAAGAUUAUAGUACAGUAGGUCCCUGUGUACUCCACCCAGAUUUAACAGCCCAUCAACACGUCAGGCCUGUGUUAGCUGCACAGUCACUCAUUCCUCUGCCCAGCCCUGCAUGCACUUGAUUAUAUUAAAGCAAAUUCCAAACAUCACAUCAUUUUAUCCAUAAAUAUUUCUGAUAUCCUUCAAUAGGCAGUCAACAAAAAAAAAAAAAAAAGAAAGAA